GUAGUUAUUGACGUUGUACCGAGCGCCAUCAUGUACGGAAGGACGGUUCUGGGACAAAAGCUUGGGGUUACUCCUGACAAGGAGGCGGCCGAGUUGUUCUCCAUCCUCAAGAACCAAGGAGAACCUGUCUGGUCGGAAGAUGACUACUACUACUACCUUAGGCCAUUCGGCAGUGAUGUUGAUGAUCUUAAGGAUGGCUGGGAAGAUUUUGGAGGAGCUGUACUCAUCUUCGCCACAAAUGAGAAAGUCCACAACUACUACAAGUUUGCUGAAGGCGACGUUAAGAGCCAGAUGCGCCUGCCAAAGUGUCUCCGGGGAAGGGAAAUCACCUGGCGAAAACCUGUGGUAUCUAGAAACGUGGGGGUCGGAAGGAAAUCUUGUCGGCAGAAUUUCUGCAAUGAGCCUCAUCAUUGUCCUACCUACAAGCUUAUGGACACCUUGGGGAGUGGUGCAGAGAAGAGAAGAUACAGAGUACUUCCCUCUGUCUACAAUUUUGCUCCGACUUGUCACCUGGGGCAUAGUGCACCACUAUCUCAACCGGUGCUGUACGACUACUUGCGAGCCAUGGGUGUUUGGCCUCACGAGGGGUUCCAGAUGUUUGACCAGAACAUGAUGACCAUCUACCAAAACGAGACUGGACCGGAUCACUGCCAGAAGAAAUUCAGAAGCUUUGCUGUCGUUCCAGUAGAAACGCCUUACGAAACAGCAAGUGGAGCCAAAUACAAACUACCACAGCAGUACCCAAACAGGGCUCGUCGCGUCAACUACUGGAGACCCACGUACUACGUGAAGUGUUUUGGUGGGAACGGCGAUGGUGAAGACAUCUUCGACAUGGCUGAGAAACUUGCCAGUGAGCUAGACGACAUGGGUGUGUGUAGGAGGCGUGACCACUUCCACGUCAGCCAGUACAAUCGCCAGUCCAGAUUACUCGACAGGCACAAUGAGAUAUGGUUCUGGGAUGACAAGUGCCGAUCCUUGAAAGACAAUGCCCCAAACAUAACCUUUGAGUAUUCUCCAGUCACGGAAGACCGUCAUGCCCCAGACAUCGGUGACCGCUGCACCAAACAUGACUGUCCGGAGUUCCAGAAGGUGACAACCUUUGAUGGCUUCGUGGAGAAAUUUUCACCAGCGAAAAGCUGGAGACUUGAAACAGAUGAAUCUCAUGUUCAUAAAGAAGGAAGACCACCAUGUUAUUUCCCGUUCAUCGUGGAUGGCGAGAUCUUCCACAACUGCACCUACCACAAGUCACACCGGCCGUGGUGUGCCUGGAACGCUGUGUUCGCCGCCGGCUAUUGGUCCUACUGUGACGAAGAUGACGAGGGAGUGAGGAGGUUUGAUGGCGUCAUAACCAUGACAAACAUGACGUAUUCCCGAGACCUGAAUGACAGUAGUUCGACAGCCUUUAAGGAACUUGCCACGAGGUUGGAAACUGAGUUGACCAAGACUUUCUCAAAGUCACUGGAGGACUUCCACAAGCUGACCGUAACAGCAUUUAUUGAUGACGAAAUCAACGUAGGAUUCCACCUCACAACAAUGGGACAGACCAACGUGUCACAGAUUGAUGAGCCAAUAAAAGAAAGCUUUAGUAUAGAACAGGAUACGGAAGGCAGCAUUACCUUUGACCCUACAAGCCUUCAUUUCAAAGAAAACGACGUCUUCCAAGGAUUCAAGCAGGAGAGAAUCUGCACCUUCCCUUUUACUUACAAAGGAGAGGAAUACAACCAGUGUGUGACGUCAGAAUCUGGCAGACCAUGGUGCGCCUGGGAUGCGGUUGCAGAUGAAGAGCGAACCACGUUCUGUGAUCAGGAUGAUAAGUUUGUCUGCACCACUGUGACAUCUUGUGGAUACCAGAGUGCCAAAGGAAAAGGUAUAAGCAGGCUGCUGUCCUACUUCAACGGUAACAACAAUGGUGAGGUGGUGAUGGAUACAGCACGGCCGGUACUGGUGGAGUCCCAUAUUUCUACGGUGGCGUCUUCAAGCUGUAGUAAAAAGUUCGAAGUGUGUCUCUACCUACCCAGGACUCACCAAGCUAACCCACCUCUCCCAAAUGAUGACAAGUUGACGUUCAGACGACCGCUGAGGGGUUAUAGCUACAGCAUGCCUUUUGGAAAACUGCAGAACCCCGGAGAAUUCAGGCGCACCAUGAAUUACUUCGUGGAGCGGCUGGAACUAUCAAAGCAGUAUGGUGUACACUUUGACAAGAGUCGAGUGGUGAUCCUGAACUUCGACAGUGGAGAAAAUGAUCGUCAGUACAACGAACUACUGUUCUUCAAAACGGAUAGCCAACAAGGAGAUCGUAUUUCUGAAGUGAGGAAGCCCCCAAACGACUAUCCUCCGAAGACGUGUGAUGAUUCCGAGUGUGUCCUGUUCAAAUCACAAGUGGACCAUGGGGAGUUUAUGGAAAUUCAGCUUCAAACAACCAACUGGGUAUGUGCAAGCGCCAGAAAAUGUCCAGGGAGUGCCAUAACACCGAUCCGGAAGAUGGCGUACAAUCUUUUCAAGUACUACAAAGGAGAAAACGAAAGAGGAGAGAAUUUGGGUGACAUGGGGAAACCUUUCUAUGGCUUUCAACUAUUGAAGCCAAGAAGCAGUAACGAACCAAGUAAAGACCACUGCACCACUGACUAUGCCUGCGUCCCACUCUCAAGAAAUUGGACUGAUAUCCCCAAGCCAACAAAUGAUAACAUGUAUGUGUAUACCACAGAAGACAAGUAUCAAACUUUUUAUGUGAAUUUUGUCCGAGGACCAAUCAAGGGUCUCAGUGCUCACCAGAAAUUGGCCAAGCAUCUUGAAGAGGGUGGCAAAGCGUUUGAAAAGCUUGGUCCUGUGUAUUUCUCAUACGACGACAUGGGAACCCCCAACGGAGAUCGCACCACUUACGUUGCCUACCGCAAGAAGAAGGAAGACAACUGA